GAACAACAAGGAAGAAAUGAUACCGUGAACGUUGCGCUCGUUAAGUGGAACGCGCAUCUUGGGUAUGGUUAAACUGUAGCUAGUUCGCUAGUUAUUAGUCCACAAUACGCCUUUAAGGUUAACAACGUUAUGUGUUGUUUUUUCUUAUAUUCAUGCGGCGAAUAUGAAUUAUUGACAGUUGAAAGUUCUAUCGUUAAAUCUAAGACAAUUCAAUUCUUGCUCGAUUUUUAGUUUAUUGUUAAGCCUCAGUUCAAUACCAGUAUUGCAGCUGUCUUAAAUGAUGUAUUUACUGUGAAUAAAUUUGACAGAAGGGAAAGAUAAAUGCGAUUUUGUAGUAUUAAGUGAUGCAUAUCUAUAGAACAUCUAUAGUACAUUUUUUAUAAAGAAGGAGUAGAAGAAAGAAAGAUGUAUCGAUCCCAUAACCAUCUGAAUUUUAUUCGAAAUAUUACACGCCAAUAUCAUGCUGAUAAGUUAUGCAUAUUCCAGAUUGGAUUAAAUAAAAGACAUGCCAGUAUUUUAAUAAUACCCAAGCAUGACGUACAAUAUAAAAUACAUAAGUUUUUGUAUUCUCAGAAAAUCUUUACUGACAAAAAGAUAGGCACGAACGAGGAUGGCAGAUGGAUUGAUAUAGCAAAAUUUUCAUCUGAUGAUGCAAAGGCUAAAAAGAAUAAGUCUGAAAAAAAAUUAGCUGAAGAUGUUCAGCAAAAGAUAAUAGAAUUAAAUGAGGAGAAGCUGGGUAAAUUAAAAGAGAGAGUAUUAAACGUAGAACCAAUUGAUUCUAGCAAUGAUAAGGAAAAGGGAAGAGAAGCAACAAAAUUUGCUGAAAAACAAUCUGUAGAAUCCAAAGAAUUGUCAAAGGAUGAUGUUACAUCAAAAAAAGCGAAAAAGAAAAUCAGAGUAGAUAAAUCGACAUCUUCUUUGGAACGUAAUUUUAUUACUCCUGUGAGAGCAAUGUCAGAUUUUUUAUUAAAACCUUCUGAUUUGGAAUCUUUACCAAAAACAAAGAGACGUUCUCCUUAUGAGCUUGAACCACCUAUUACGGUCUACUGGAGGAAAGAUGUUGAGGCUAAAGCUUUGGAAGUUUGGGGAUCUCGAGAAGCUUUGCUAAAAGAACUUUUAAAAAAAGAAGUAGAACGAAAAAUUUAUCAACAAAAUGUUUUUACGGUCAAACGAAGAUUGAGAGAUUACAGACGGGAAAUUGGCAACAAGCCAGAGAUAAUUCAGAAGGAGGGUCUUUUUGGAAGAUCUGGCAAAGUAGUAUUGACUGCAAUAGGCAUAAAUGCUAGUAAUUUUUUGUGCAAAUUAAUUGCUUGGUUAUAUACUGGUUCUCAUAGUAUGUUUUCCGAGUGUAUACAUUCUGCAGCAGAUACUUGUAAUCAAUUAAUUCUAGCUUAUGGUAUUCAUAAAUCGGUGCAGAAUCCUGAUCCUGAUCACCCAUAUGGUUAUACAAACAUGAAGUAUGUUUCCUCAUUGAUAUCAGGUGUGGGAAUCUUUUGCGUUGGAACGGGUCUUUCCUUCUAUCACGGAAUUCACGGUCUUCUCUUUCCCGCGCCAUUGGAGUCUCUUUUUUGGGCUUACUUUGUCUUAGGUGGAUCCUUAUUAUCAGAAGGAGCGACCUUAAUGAUAGCAUUGCAUUCUAUCAAGAAGGGUGCAGAAGAAAGAAAAGAAAGCUUUAAGCAAUUCGUUUUGGAAGGACAGGAUCCAUCUGUGAAUGUUGUGCUCAUGGAAGAUUUUGCAGCUGUACUUGGAGUUAUUAUCGCAGCAGGAUGUAUGGGUUUAACUUCAUAUCUAGAAAAUCCAGUAUUCGACGCCUUUGGUUCGCUUCUGGUAGGCGGUUUGCUCGGUGGAGUAGCGUCCUUUAUAAUUUAUUCCAAUGUUGCUGCGCUUAUAGGAAGGAGUAUAUCACAGGAGCAUCUAGAUAAAAUUAAUGCCGAAUUAGAAGCAGAUAUAAUGGUCCGUGCGAUUCACGAUGUGAAAGGCAUCGAUAUGGGUAAUCAUUUGGUGCGAUACAAAGCCGAAUUAGAUUUCGAUGGACGAGAACUCACAAGGUCUUAUCUAGAUAAACAUGAUCUUAAUACAAUGCUAGAGGAAGUAAAAGCUAUGCAAAAUAUUGAGGAAUUAGAGGCAUUCUUAUUGAAACAUGGUGAAAAUAUUGUAGACAUGCUUGGUGGAGAAAUUGAUAGAAUAGAAUUAAAGUUAAAGAAAAAUCAUCCAGAAAUACGACAUUGUGAUUUAGAAAUUCUAUAAAAAUUUCCGUUGGCAUAGAAAAAAUUAAAUUAAAUUUAAAUUGUAAACUCUCUUUCUUCUCUCCACCUGUAUAUAGAUGUAACUUAUCAUUUAUAUUUUUCAAUCUUAGAUCUAAUUAUUUUAAUAUGGUAAUUAUUUAAACAAAUAGUACUACUCUAAAAUAGAAGCUAUUUCAUUUAGUAUCAGAGAAAAAUCACUUUUUGUAAAUGUUUUAUGUACAGCUAUGCUGCAAAAAUUACAUACAAUUCAAUAUAAUAAAUAUACAGAAAUUCCUUAUAAAUAUGAAAUUUUUGAAAUAUUUUGAUAUAUAUGUGUGUUCUAGGCUUGAAAAAUUAAAGUAAAA